GGGUCCCCAGAGCGACGUGGGAGUAUGCGUAUGACGUCACGGAGCGUAGCGGCGGCGCUGUGUGAGGAAGGAGCCGAGGGAGUGCGCUCUUCGGUGCGUCUCCAUUAAUCCCUGGCGGUGAUCGCUCCGUCGUCCCGGUCCUGUGGUUGUUCGUGCCAGCGAGCGAACCCUUCGCACUGCCGCUAAGUCUCUCCGCCUCCGGAAGAGGCCUCGAAGGUCGCCUGGCUCUACAUGCGAUGGGAGCUCUAGCAUGUCAUCCGAGACUGGGCUUGGUACACGUCUAAGGGCCACAUCUGGAAUGGGCGACGGAGUGGAAGGGGCUCCAAUGUCUGGGGCCCCACAGCCUGCCCCUCCUCAACCACAACCUCAGCUGCCAUCGAUGAUUAACCCUCCUCCUCCUGAUAUAACAAGGCCGAACCAACUCAAGCGGCAGACCAACCAGUUACAGUACUUGCUCAAAUCCGUGCUCAAGACGCUAUGGAAGCACCAGUUCGCUUGGCCUUUUCAGCAGCCUGUGGAUGCCAUGAAGCUCAAUUUACCAGACUAUUAUAAAAUUAUCAAAUGCCCAAUGGAUAUGGGCACCAUCAAGAAGCGCCUGGAAAACUAUUAUUAUAGUAAUGCGCAGGAAUGUAUCCAGGAUUUCAACACAAUGUUUACAAACUGCUACAUUUAUAAUAAGCCUGGGGAUGACAUUGUUCUGAUGGCUGAAGCCCUGGAGAAGCUUUUCCUGCAGAAGAUCUCGGAGAUGCCUCAGGACGAAUCAGAGUUGCCGAUUGUUCAGUGCAAAGGACGUGGCCGAGGGAGACGGGAACCAGAUGCCUCCGUCACCCCUAUGAGGACACGGGUCCCAUCAAUAUCAAUAUCCCAAUCUGAGAAGCCUCCGCCUGUGAUAAAGCCGCCUGUGACACCUGUUUCCAAACCUGCGACCCCAACCCCUCCUGUUGUGACCCGGGCACCUACCCCUCCACAGACCCGCACCCCGCCUGCCCGUGCACCUGCUAUUACUCCAGCUCCCAUUACAUACUCGCCUGCUGUCACUCAGGAAAUGGUGGUGCCCACGACAAUACCCCCUGCCGUUCAGGCUGUUCAGAGCCUUCCACCCGUCAUCUCGACUACCACCCAGCCCGUAAAGGUGAGAAGAACGAAAGGGGUGAAGAGGAAAGCAGAUACCACGACCCCCACAGCCCACGACCCCCUCCAUAAAUCCUCUCCCCUACCCAGUGACUCGAAGCCUGCUAGAUCUGUACCAAGAAGGGAGAGCGGUCGGCAGCCUCGGCCAGCAAAGAAGACUGACGUACCUGACUCUCAACUUCCUGCGCCUCCUGCUCUGCACACCCCAAUAAUCGCCCAACCUGUUCAGGCAAACAGCAACAGCAAGAUCUCCGAGCAACUUCGCUAUUGCACCGGCAUCGUCUCCGAAAUGCUGUCUAAGAAACACACCUCGUACGCUUGGCCUUUUUAUAAACCUGUAGAUGUAGAAGCUCUUGGACUGCACGACUACUGCGAAAUUAUCAAGCAUCCAAUGGACCUGAGCACCAUUAAGAUGAAGCUGGAGAAUACGGAGUACCGAGAUGCCCAGGACUUUGCCUCUGAUGUGCGGCUUAUGUUUUCUAACUGUUACAAGUACAACCCUCCAGACCAUGAGGUGGUGGCUAUGGCCCGCAAGCUGCAGGACGUGUUUGAAAUGCGAUUUGCUAAGAUGCCAGAUGAACCAGAAGAGGCGCCGGCUCCUGCACCCUCCCCAACCCCGUGUCCUCCUGCCCCCUCUGUCAAAGGCCCUCCUCACAGUUCCAGCGACAGCAGCAGUGACAGUUCUUCUGACAGCGAGAGCAGUUCUGACAGCGAGGAAGACCGAGCACUGAGAUUAGCAGAGCUUCAGGAGCAGUUAAAAGCUGUACACGAACAAUUGGCAGCCCUAUCUCAGCCUCAGCCAAACAAACCAAAGAAGAAGGAACGUGAAAAGCGGAAGGAGAAGCACAAAAGGAAAGAGGAGGUUGAGGAGUCUCGCAAGAACAGAUCCCGGGAACCUCCAGCUAAGAAACCCAAGAAAAGUGUUCAAGGACCCGUGGGAACCCCCAGAGUAACUCUUUACCUCUUUUGCCCUGAUUUUACCAGCAUUAAAAAAGAAGUGGUUCCCCCGGUGUCACGCCCGGCACGACCUGCACCUCCACCUGCACCUUGUGAGUCUUCAGAGGAGGAAUCCCAGAGAUGUCGACCGAUGUCUUAUGAGGAAAAGAGACAAUUAAGUCUGGACAUUAAUAAACUCCCGGGAGAAAAGCUGGGAAGAGUAGUGCACAUCAUCCAGUCCCGGGAGCCAUCUCUGAAAAACUCUAACCCAGACGAGAUUGAAAUAGACUUUGAGACUCUCAAACCGUCCACACUGAGAGAGCUGGAGAGAUAUGUCACAUCUUGCCUAAGAAAGAAAAGGAAACCUCAAGCUGAUAAAGUUGAAGCGCCCACAUCUGGUUCCGGUAAGGGGAAAGGCUUCUCCUCUUCUGAGUCUGAAAGUUCAAGUGAAUCCAGCACGUCAGACAGCGAGGAGUCAGACCCAGAAACAACACACAAACAGAAGAAAAAGAGUCACUCAGGGAGAGAGUCUAGAAAGCAUCACCAUCAAUCCCAUCCUCAGCCUCUUGCCCCACCGCCUAAUGUCCAUAAACCAUCUUCCCCAACUCCUCCACCCUCCUAUGUCCCCCCUCCCAGCUUGGACACUUCUCUCCCAUCUCUUCAUCAUCCUCUUCAUCCUGCUAAUGUCUUUGAGGCUGUUAAUGCUCACUAUGGGCAGGCAGGUCUGCACCUACCACCACCUGAUCUUCCAUCACACCUCACAGGUGGUCCGCCAGAGCGAUGUUCUCCACCUCAUCUCAACCAACAUGCCCUUGUUAGUCCUCCAGCUCUGCAUAACGCCAUGCCGCAGCAACCUUCCCGCCCAUCAAAUCGUGCAGCCGCCCUUCCUGCUAAACCUGGGCGGCCUUCAUCUUCCUCACCACCCCCAGUACAUCCAGUACAAGCGCAUCUCCCACCACCUCCUCAUGCUCUGCAUCAUCAUUUACAGCCUCCCCAUGCCCUGCUAGAAGAUGAUGGCCCACCUUCCCCUGUUAGUAGUCUCCCUCCUUCUCCUGUUCAGCUUGGUCCUGUGCAGAUGGCCCUUUACCUGCAGCAGUUGCAGAAAUCCCAACAGCCUACUCUGCAAUCUCCUCUUCAACAGCUCCUCCCUUCUGUCAAAUUGCAGAACCAAGCACCAUUGACUGUUUCUUCUCAGUCUAUGCGGCACCUGCAGAACCUGCCUUACCCUUCUCCUUCCUCUGCUAGCACUGCCCCCCCCCCUGCUCCCACUUUAUCCCACGUGCACCAGUUGCAGACACCGCCUACAGCUUCCCAACAGCAGCCAGCAGUGCAGGCUCCACCACCACCACCACCUCCCCAGCAGCCGCAUCCAGCUCUGCAAACUACAAUAACGGCUCCCCACCCACAGCUUGUGCAGCACCAGCAGUCUAAGCCGCAGCAAGUAAUCCAACACCACCAUCCCUCACCACGGCAGCAGAAACCAGAGCCAUACUCUGGAGGUCACUUGCGGGAGGCCCCAUCUCCUCUCCUCCUUCAUUCACCUCAGGUUCCUCCAUUUGCAGGCCUUCCACAUCCUUCGUCACCGCAGGCCGUACAGUCUAAAAAGCAGGAAAUGAGAGGAUCAUCAGUGUUGCAGCCUCAGCCGCUGGUCGUGAAGGAGGAAAAGCGCCAUUCGCCAUCUAUGCGUCCAGAAGGCUUUUCUCCUGGCAUGAGGGUUGAACCCCACAAACUUCCCGAAUCACUAAAAGGUUCCAGCCAUGUUCAGCCACGGCCAGAAAUGAAACCCAUUGAUGGAAGUCGCCCAGUGAGACCCCCUGAAGGCAUCAUUUCUCAAGGGGUACCUGAGAAAGAGAAGCUAAAGCAGGAACCGAAGACACCUGUAGCCCCCAAAAAGGACCUAAAAAUUAAAAACAUGGGCUCUUGGGCAAGCCUUGUACAGAAGACGCCGAUUACUCCAACUGCUCCGGGGAAGUCCUCCAGCGAUAGCUUUGAGCUUUUCAGACGUGCGGCUCGAGAGAAGGAGGAGCGGGAGCGGUCGCUCAAACUGCAGGCAGAGCAAGCAGAAAGGAUGCGAAGGGAGCAGGAGAGGAUGAGGUCUCGAGAAGAUGAUGAUGCUCAAGAUCAGGCAAGAAAAGUGCAUGAAGAGGCUCGUAGGAGGCAGGAGCAGCAGCAGCAGCAACACCAACAACAACAGCAGCAGCAGCAACAACAGCCCCAUGUGCAAAACCCUCUUCCUACACCUCCGCCUCCUGCCCAGAGCUCACAGCCAAUCAUGGAUCAGCGGGAGAUGGACAGGAAGCGAGAACAGGAGCGGAGACGGCGACAGGCGAUGACUCCCUCUAUAGACAUGAAUUUUCAGAGUGACCUGAUGGAGAUAUUUGAACAGAACUUGUUCUCUUGAGAAUUCAAUCUUCUCACCGUGUCACCUCCACCACUUUACUUCCUGCAACUCAUCCCCAUGAAUUCUAUUCAUAAUAUUUUUUUUAUGUCAUUGAGGGGCAUAGGGACACCUACCCGAAAGACGCUGAAGUUAAUGCCCUUCGUGUAUUUUAUCCCCUCCCCCACCCUCUCCCCGGCCCUCGUAUGUGGACACACGAAGCCUCCGGAAGUCAAGAAUUUUGGAAGACAUGUACGGGCCAAGU